AUGGCCUCUUUUGGAAAGUUCAGAGCAUCAAUGAUGAAGAAGAUCGACUGGUUGAAGGGCAAAUUGAAGCGUCGUUCAGCCGAGGCAGCUCCAAAGGAAGAGAAGAAGCUAGUGAUUGGAAACCCAACCAACUUCCGCCGAAAGGAGGUGACCCUCGGUGUUGAUUGUCAAGGGAAGCCUGCUUUGGUGGAGAAGGCGCGGGAGGACGCGCAGCCGAUGCACAACGCGGCCAAGUCCGUUGUCUGA